CUUUUAUUGUUGAACAUUUUGUGGAUUCUCGUAUUUUAAUUACUACUGGUGGAAGGUAUAAGAAAAAACAUUCUUCAAGACUUAGAUUUAUUAAUCAAGUUAGGAUGAAGAAUGCUGCUGGCUUCUUGUUUGCUUCAAUACUUUUCUUUUAUAAAAAUGAAUUUUGUUUGGCAAAUGAUGAGCUUGUUGCAAAAGAUUUUGUUGAAGUGACUCAUGAAGUGCUAUUAAAAAAAGAUAAUCUAAUUGCAACAUUACGAUUCCUUGAAAAAGCAUAUUUAUUGUCAUUCAAAAUAAAACCCACCUUGUAUUCAGCAGCAUACAGAAGCGUUAUUCAUUUGACCACUGGAGGAGACUCAUAUGAAUUUGGAUAUAGAACUCCAAGCGUUUAUUUUUUUUAUGAUACAGGAAAGCUCUCUGUUUGGUCUGCAAUCAAUGGAUAUCCUAAUUUUGAAGUCGUCACACCUAAAGCACUACCCUUGAAUGAAUGGUCCAGCAUUAGAGUAUCUCAAGUUCGAGUUAACAGUAUAUACUUCUUUAAAGUUUAUGUAAAUGGAAAGUUAAAUAUUGAUAUUAAAAACACAGAUCCACGUUCAUUUAAAAAUGUUAAAGUGUAUAGUGCAGAUCCUUGGUAUGAAGCUCAACCUGGCACUAUUAAAGAUCUUAAAAUAUUUAGUGGAAAUGUUGAGCAACUAAUAGAAGAUAGAGAAACACCUUUGGUUCAUAACAAACUGCUGGCAGUUAUUCCAAUAUUGGAUAAAACUUAUAAAAUUUAUUUUGAUGUGAAAGCAAACUCGUAUUCUGAAGGUUGGCACAAUGUUAUUUGUUUCAAAAUUGGUUCUGAUGCGAAUGCAUUUGAUGAUAGAGUUCCAGGUGUGUGGUUUCAUUACAGUGGUGAUGGCAGUCUUUCUAUUACUGUUCCUGGAAAUGGAAAUCUUAACAGUACUUUUAAAACAGCUCCUAUUCCUUCUAACAUGUGGUCACAGAUUGAAAUAAGUCAACAGUUAGAAAAUUUUUUGUAUAUGUAUACAAUAAAAUUGAAUGGAGAAACAGUUUUUAUAGAAGAAAAUGUUCAGCCAAAGUCCUAUGAAAAUGUUCAUGUUUAUGCUUCGGAUCAAUCAUAUCAAACUCAAGAUGGUUUUAUAAAAGAUUUUGCACUAAUAAACGGAAAAGCAGAUAAUGAAGUUUUGCCAAACAUUCUGCUUCUCCCAAAAGAUUCUGUUAUAAUGGUUAAUGAAGAGAUAUUGAAACAAGAUAAUCUAAUUGCAACAUUACCAUUCAUUAAAAAGGCAUAUUUAUUGUCUUUCAAAAUAAAACCCAAUUUUUAUUCCAGAGAAUACAAAAACAUUAUACAUUUGACUACAGGAGGAAAUGCAAAUGAAUUUGGAUACAGAACACCCAGUGUAUAUUUUUAUUAUGACACAGGAAAGCUCUCUGUUUGGACUGCAAUCAAUGGAUAUCCUAAUGUAGAAGUUAUCACACCUGACGCACUAUCCUUAAACAAAUGGUCAAGUAUAAGAAUAUCUCAAGUUCGAUUUAACAAUCUAUACUUCUUAAGAGUUUAUGUAAAUGGGAAUAUAAAUAUUGACAUCAAGAACACAGAUCCACGUUCAUUUAAAAAUGUUAAAGUGUAUAAUGCAGAUCCUUGGUAUGAAGUGCAAUCUGGUACUAUUAAAGAUCUGAAAAUAUUCAAUGGAAAUGUUGAGCAACUAAUAGAAGAUAGAGAAACACCUUUGGUUCAUAACAAACUGCUGGCAGUUAUUCCAAUAUUGGAUAAAACUUAUAAAAUUUAUUUUGAUGUGAAAGCAAACUCGUAUUCUGAAGGUUGGCACAAUGUUAUUUGUUUCAAAAUUGGUUCUGAUGCGAAUGCAUUUGAUGAUAGAGUUCCAGGUGUGUGGUUUCAUUACAGUGGUGAUGGCAGUCUUUCUAUUACUGUUCCUGGAAAUGGAAAUCUUACCAGUUCCUUUAAAACAGCUCCUAUUCCUUCUAACAUGUGGUCACAGAUUGAAAUAAGUCAACAGUUAGAACAUUUUGUGUAUGUGUAUACAAUAAAAUUGAAUGGAGAAACAGUUUUUAUAGUAGAAAAUGUUCAGCCAAAGUCCUAUGAAAAUGUUCAUGUUUAUGCUUCAGAUCAAUCAUAUCAAACUCAAGAUGGUUUUAUAAAAGAUUUUGCACUUAUAAAUGGAAAUGCAGAAAAUGAAAUUCUGCCAAACACUCUGCUUCUUCCAAAAGAUUCUGUUAUUAUGGUUAAUGAAGAGAUAUUGAAAAAAGAUAAUCUAAUUGCUACAUUACCAUUUAUUAAAAAGGCAUAUUUUUUGUCAUUCAAACUAAAACCCAGUUUUUAUUUACGAGAAUACCAAAAUAUUAUUCAUUUGACUACUGGAGGAAAUGCAGAUGAAUUUGGAUAUAGAACUCCUAGUGUAUAUUUUUAUUAUGACACAGGAAAGCUCUCUGUUUGGACUGCAAUAAAUGGAUAUCCUAAUUUAGAAAUUAUCACACCUGAUACACUAUCCUUAAAUGAAUGGUCCAGUAUAAGAAUAUCUCAAGUCCGAGUUAACAAUAUAUACUACUUCAGGGUUUAUUUAAAUGGAAAUAUAAAUAUUGACAUCAAAAACACAGAUCCACGUUCAUUUAAAGAUGUUAAAGUGUAUAUAGCAGAUCCAUGGUAUGGAGCAGAACUUGCUACUAUUAAAGAUCUUAAAAUAUAUAGUGGAAAUGUAGAGCAACUAAUAGAAGAUAGAGAAACACCUUUGGUUCAUAACAAACUGUUGGCAGUUAUUCCAAUAUUGGAUAAAACUUAUAAAAUUUAUUUUGAUGUGAAAGCAAACUCGUAUUCUGAAGGUUGGCACAAUGUUAUUUGUUUCAAAAUUGGUUCUGAUGCGAAUGCAUUUGAUGAUAGAGUUCCAGGUGUGUGGUUUCAUUACAGUGGUGAUGGCAGUCUUUCUAUUACUGUUCCUGGAAAUGGAAAUCUUAACAGUUCCUUUAAAACAGCUCCUAUUCCUUCUAACAUGUGGUCACAUAUUGAAAUCAGUCAACAGUUAGAACAUUUUGUGUAUGUGUAUACAAUAAAAUUGAAUGGAGAAACAGUUUUUAUAGUAGAAAAUGUUCAGCCAAAGUCCUAUGAAAAUGUUCAUGUUUAUGCUUCAGAUCAAUCAUAUCAAACUCAAGAUAGUUUUAUAAAAGAUUUUGCACUUAUAAAUGGAAAUGCAGAAAAUGAAAUUCUGCCAAAUGUUCUUCUUCUUCCAAAAGAUUCUGUUAUAGUGGUUAAUGAAGAGAUUUUGAAAAAAGACAAUCUAAUUGCAACACUACCAUUCAUUAAAAAGGCAUAUUUUUUGUCAUUUAAACUAAAACCCAGUUUUUAUUUACGAGAAUACAAAAAUAUUAUUCUUUUGACUACUGGAGGAAAUGCAGAUGAAUUUGGAUAUAGAAUUCCUAGUGUAUAUUUUUAUUAUGACACAGGAAAGCUCUCUGUUUUGACCACAAUCAAUGGAUAUCCUAAUUUAGAAAUUAUCACACCUGGUGCAUUAUCCCUAAAUGAAUGGUCCAGUAUCAGAAUAUCUCAAGUUCGAGUUAACAAUAUACACUACUUCAGGGUUUAUUUAAAUGGAAAUAUAAACAUUGAUAUCAAAAACACAGAUCCACUUUCAUUUAAAAAUGUUAAAGUUUAUAUAGCAGAUCCAUGGUAUGGAGCAGAACUUGCUACUAUUAAAGAUCUUAAAGUAUUUAGUGGAAAUGUUGAGCAAUUAAUAGAAGAUAGAGAAACACCUUUGGUUCAUAACAAACUGCUGGCAGUUAUUCCAAUAUUGGAUAAAACUUAUAAAAUUUAUUUUGAUGUGAAAGCAAACUCGUAUUCUGAAGGUUGGCACAAUGUUAUUCGUUUCAAAAUUGGUUCUGAUGUGAAUGCAUUUAAUGAUAGUGUUCCAGGUGUAUGGUUUCAUAACAGUGGUGAUGGCAGUCUUUCUAUUACUGUUCCUGGAAAUAGAUAUCUUAAUAGUUCUUUUAAAACAGCUCCUAUUCCUUCUAACAUGUGGUCACAGAUUGAAAUAAGUCAACAGUUAGAACAUUUUGUGUAUGUGUAUACAAUAAAAUUGAAUGGAGAAACAGUUUUUAUAGAAGAAAAUGUUCAGCCAAAGUCCUAUGAAAAUGUUCAUGUUUAUGCUUCAGAUCAAUCAUAUCAAACUCAAGAUGGUUUUAUAAAAGAUUUUGCACUUAUAAAUGGAAAUGCAGAGAAUGAAAUUCUGCCUAACGCCCUGCUUCUUCCAAAAGAUUCUGUUAUUAUGGUUAAUGAAGAGAUAUUGAAAAAAGAUAAUCUAAUUGCUACAUUACCAUUUAUUAAAAAGGCAUAUUUUUUGUCAUUUAAACUAAAACCCAGUUUUUAUUUACGAGAAUACAAAAAUAUUAUUCAUUUGACUACUGGAGGAAAUGCAGAUGAAUUUGGAUAUAGAACUCCUAGUGUAUAUUUUUAUUAUGACACAGGAAAGCUCUCUGUUUGGACUGCAAUAAAUGGAUAUCCUAAUUUAGAAAUUAUUACAUCUGAUGCACUAUCCUUAAAUGAAUGGUCCAGUAUAAGAAUAUCUCAAGUUCGAGUUAACAAUAUAUACUACUUUAGGGUAUAUUUAAAUGGAGUUUUAAAUAUUGACAUCAAGAACACUGAUCCACGUUCAUUUAAAAAAGUUAAAGUGUAUAUAGCAGAUCCAUGGUAUGGAGCUGAACUUGCUAUUAUUAAAGAUCUUAAAAUAUUUAGUGGAAAUGUUGAGCAAUUAAUAGAAGAUAGAGAAACACCUUUGGUUCAUAACAAACUGCUGGCAGUUAUUCCAAUAUUGGAUAAAACUUAUAAAAUUUAUUUUGAUGUGAAAGCAAACUCGUAUUCUGAAGGUUGGCACAAUGUUAUUCGUUUCAAAAUUGGUUCUGAUGCGAAUGCAUUUAAUGAUAGUGUUCCAGGUGUGUGGUUUCAUUACAGUGGUAAUGGCAGUCUUUCUAUUACUGUUCCUGGAAAUGGAAAUCUUAACAGUACUUUUAAAACAGCUCCUAUUCCUUCUAACAUGUGGUCACAGAUUGAAAUAAGUCAACAGUUAGAACAUUUUGUGUAUGUGUAUACAAUAAAAUUGAAUGGAGAAACAGUUUUUAUAGUAGAAAAUGUUCAGCCAAAGUUAUAUGAAAAUGUUCAUGUUUAUGCUUCAGAUCAAUCCUAUCAAACUCAAGAUGGUUUUAUAAAAGAUUUUGCACUAAUUAAUGGAAAUGCAGAUAAUGAAAUUCUGCCAAACACUCUGCUUCUCCCAAAAGAUAACGAAUUUCUGCCAAUGCCUCUGCUUCUCCCUAAAGAUUUUGUUGUAGUGGUUAAUGAAGAGAUACUGAAAAAAGAUAAUCUAAUUGCAACAUUACCAUUCAUCGAAAAAGCAUAUUUAGUAUCAUUCAAAAUAAAACCAACUUUGUAUUCACCAGGAUACAAAAACAUAAUUCAUUUGACUACUGGAAGAGACUGGAGUGAAUUUGGAUUUGGAACUCCUUGUGUUUGGUUAGAUGACACAGGAAAGGUCACUGUUUGUUCUGCAAUCAAUUGGUAUCCUAUCAAAUGUUAUAUCACACUUGAAGCAGUCUCCUUGAACCAAUGGUCCAGCAUUAGAGUAUCUCAAAAUCGAAUUAACAGUAUAUACUUUUUAAGAGUUUAUGUGGAUGGGAUGUUAAAGAUUGACAUCAAAAACUCAGAUCCACGUUCAUUUAAAAAUGUAAAAGUGUAUAAUGCAGAUCCCUGGUAUGAAGCACAACCUACUAGUAUUAAAGAUCUGAAAAUAUUUAAUGGAAAUGUUGAGCAACUAAUAGAAGAUAGAGAAACACCUUUGGUUCAAAACAAACUGGUGGCAGUUAUUCCAAUAUUGGAUAAAAUUUAUAAAAUUUAUUUUUAUGUGAAACCAAACUCGUAUUCUAAAGGUUGGCACAAUGUUAUUCGUUUCAUCAUUAAUUCUGAUGCAAAUGCAUAUGAUGAUAGAGUUCCCGGAGUGUGGUUUCAUAACAGUGGUGAUGGCAGUCUUUCUAUCACUGCUCCUCAAAAUGGAAAUUUUAACAGUUCCUUCAAAACAGCUCCUAUUCCUUCUAAAGUGUGGUCACAGAUUGAAAUCAGUCAACAGUUAGAACAUUUUGCAUAUAUGUAUACAAUAAAAUUGAAUGGAGAAAUAGUUUUUAUAGUAGAAAAUGUUCAGCCAGAGACCUAUGAAAAUGUUUAUGUUUAUGCUUCAGAUCAAUCAUAUCAAACUCAAGAUGGUUUUAUAAAAGAUUUUGCAAUAAUAAACGGAAAAGCAGAUAAUGAAAAUCUGCCAGAUACUCUGAUUCUCCCCAAAGAUUUUGUUAUAGUGGUUAAUGAAGAGAUACUGAAAAAAGAUAAUCUAAUUGCAACAUUACCAUUCCUUGAAAAAUCAUAUUUAGUGUCGUUCAAAAUAAAACCCACUUUUUAUUCACCAGGAUACAAAAACAUUAUUCAUUUGACUACUGGAGGAGACGAGGGUGAAUUUGGAUUUAGAACUCCUAGUGUUUGUUUUGAUGACACAGGAAAGCUAGCUGUUUGGUCUUCAAUCAAUUGGAAUCCUAAUAUGGCAUAUAUCACAGCUGCAGCACUACCUUUAAACCAAUGGUCCAGCAUUAGAGUAUCUCAAAAUCGAAUUAACAGUAUAUACUUCUUGAGAGUUUAUGUGGAUGGGAUGUUAAAGAUUGACAUCAAAAACUCAGAUCCACGUUCAUUUAAAAAUGUAAAAGUGUAUAAUGCAGAUCCCUGGUAUGAAACACAACCUGGUAGUAUUAAAGAUCUGAAAAUAUUUAAUGGAAAUGUUGAGCAACUAAUAGAAGAUAGAGAAACACCUUUGGUUCAAAACAAACUGGUGGCAGUUAUCCCAAUAUUGGAUAAAAUUUAUAAAAUUUAUUUUUAUGUGAAACCAAACUCAUAUUCUGAAGGUUGGCACAAUGUUAUUUGUUUCAACAUUAAUUCUGAUGCAAAUGCAUAUGAUGAUAGAGUUCCCGGAGUUUGGUUUCAUAACAGUGGUGAUGGCAGUCUUUCAAUCAGUGUUCCUCAAAAUGGAAAUCUAAACAGUUCCUUUAGAACAGCUCCUAUUCCUUCUAACAUAUGGUCACACAUUGAAAUCAGUCAACAGUUAGAACAUUUUGCGUAUGUGUAUACAAUUAAAUUAAAUGGAGAAUUAGUUUUUGAAGUAGAAAAUAUUCAGCCAGAGUCCUAUGAAAAUGUUUAUGUUUAUGCUUCAGAUCGAUCAAAUCAAACUCAAGAUGGUUUUAUAAAAGAUUUUGCCAUAAUAAAUGGAAAAGCAGACAAUCAAAUUCUGCCAGAUUCUCUGAUUUUCCCUAAAGACUUUGUUAUAGUGGUUAAUGAAGAGAUACUAAAAAAAGAUAAUCUAAUUGCAACAUUACCAUUCCUAGAAAAAGCAUAUUUAGUGUCGUUCAAAAUAAAACCCACUUUUUAUUCACCAGGAUACAAAAACAUAAUUCAUUUGACUACUGGAGGAGACGAGGGUGAAUUUGGAUUUAGAACUCCUAGUGUUUAUUUUGAUGACACAGGAAAGCUAGCUGUUUGGUCUUCAAUCAAUUGGAAUCCUAAUAUGGCAUAUAUCACAGCUGCAGCACUACCUUUAAACCAAUGGUCCAGCAUUAGAGUAUCUCAAAAUCGAAUUAACAGUAUAUACUUUUUAAGAGUUUAUGUGGAUGGGAUGUUAAAGAUUGACAUCAAAAACUCAGAUCCACGUUCAUUUAAAAAUGUAAAAGUGUAUAAUGCAGAUCCCUGGUAUGAAGCACAACCUGGUAGCGUUAAAGAUCUGAAAAUAUUUAAUGGAAAUGUUGAACAACUUAUAGAAGAUAGAGAAACACGUUUGGUUCAAAACAAACUGGUGGCAGUUGUUCCAAUAUUGGAUAAAAUUUAUAAAAUUUAUUUUUAUGUGAAACCAAACUCGUAUUCUAAAGGUUGGCACAACGUUAUUCGUUUCAACAUUGGUUCUGAUGCAAAUGCAUAUAAUGAUAGAGUUCCAGGAGUGUGGUUUCAUAACAGUGGUGAUGGCAGCCUUUCUAUCACUGUGCCUCAAAAUGGAAAUCUUAACAGUUCCUUUAAAACAGCUCCUAUUCCUUCUAACAUGUGGUCACAUAUUGAAAUCAGUCAACAGUUAAAACAUUUUGUGUAUGUGUAUACAAUAAAAUUGAAUGGAGAAACAGUUUUUGAAGUAGAAAAUGUUCAGCCAAAGUCCUAUGAAAAUGUUCAUGUUUAUGCUUCAGAUCAAUCAUAUCAAACUCAAGAUGGUUUUAUAAAAGAUUUUGCUAUAAUUAACGGAAGAACAGAUAAUGAAAUUCUGCCAGAUAUUCUUAUUCUCCCAAAAGAUUUUGUUACAGUGGUUAAUGAAGAAAUAUUGAAACAAGAUAAUCUUAUUGCAACAUUACCACUCCUCGAAAAAGCAUAUUUAGUGUCGUUCAAAAUAAAACCCACUUUUUAUUCACCAGGAUACAAAAACAUAAUUCAUUUGACUACUGGAGGAGACGAGGGUGAAUUUGGAUUUAGAACUCCUAGCAUUUAUUUUGAUGACACAGGAAAGCUAGCUGUUUGGUCUUCAAUCAAUUGGAAUCCUAAUAUGGGAUAUAUCACAGCUGCAGCACUACCUUUAAACCAAUGGUCCAGCAUUAGAAUAACUCAGGAACAAAUUAACAGUAUAUACUUCUUGAGAGUUUAUGUGGAUGGGAUGUUAAAGAUUGACAUCAAAAACUCAGAUCCACGUUCAUUUAAAAAUGUAAAAGUGUAUAAUGCAGAUCCCUGGUAUGAAGCACAACCUGGUAGUAUUAAAGAUCUGAAAAUAUUUAGUGGGAAUAUUGAGCAACUAAUAGAAGAUAGAGAAACACCUUUGGUUCAAAACAAACUGGUGGCAGUUAUUCCAAUAUUGGAUAAAAUUUAUAAAACUUAUUUUUAUGUGAAAUCAAGCUCGUAUUUUGAAGGUUGGCACAAUGUUAUUCUUUUCAAUAUUAAUUCUGAUGCAAAUGCAUAUGAUGAUAGAGUUCCAGGAGUGUGGUUUCAUAACAGUGGUGAUGGCAGUCUUGCAAUCACUGUUCCUCAAAAUGGAAAUCUAAACAGUUCCUUUAGAACAGCUCCUAUUCCUUCUAACAUAUGGUCACACAUUGAAAUCAGUCAACAGUUAGAACAUUUUGUGUAUGUGUAUACAAUUAGAUUGAAUGGAGAAAUAGUUUUUAUAGUAGAAAAUGUUCAGCCAGAGUCUUAUGAAAAUGUUCAUGUUUAUGCUUCAGCUCAAUCAUAUCAAACUCAAGAUGGUUCUAUUAAAGAUUUUGCAAUAAUAAAUGGAAAAGCAGAUAAUGAAAUUCUGCCAAAUACUCUGAUUCUUCCAAAAGAUUUUGUUACAGUGGUUAAUGAAGAAAUAUUGAAACAAGAUAAUCUUAUUGCAACAUUACCACUCCUCGAAAAAGCAUAUUUAGUGUCGUUCAAAAUAAAACCCACUUUUUAUUCACCAGGAUACAAAAACAUAAUUCAUUUGACUACUGGAGGAGACGAGGGUGAAUUUGGAUUUAGAACUCCUAGCAUUUAUUUUUAUGAAACUGGAAAGCUAGUUGUUUGGUCUUCAAUCAAUUGGAAUCCUAAUAUGGGAUAUAUUACAGCUGCAGCACUACCUUUAAACCAAUGGUCCAGCAUUAGAGUAUCUCAAAAUCGAAUUAACAGUAUAUACUUCUUGAGAGUUUAUGCGGAUGGGAUGUUAAAGAUUGACAUCAAAAACUCAGAUCCACGUUCAUUUAAAAAUGUAAAAGUGUAUAAUGCAGAUCCCUGGUAUGAAGCACAACCUGGUAGUAUUAAAGAUCUGAAAAUAUUUAAUGGAAAUGUUGAACAACUAAUAGAAGAUAGGGAAACUCCUUUGGUUCAAAACAAACUGGUGGCAAUUGUUCCAAUAUUGGAUAAAACUUAUAAAAUUUAUUUUGAUGUGAAAGCGAAAUCAUAUUCUGAAGGUUGGCACAAUGUUAUUCGUUUCAACAUUGGUUCUGAUGAAAAUAUAUAUGAUGAUAGGGUUCCAGGAGUGUGGUUUCAUUACAGAGGUGAUGGCAGUCUUUCAAUCACUUUUCCUCAAAAUGGAAAUCUUAAUAGUUCCUUUAAAACAGCUCCUAUUCCUUCUAACAUGUGGUCACAUGUUGAAAUAAGUCAACAGUUAGAACGCUUUGCGUAUAUGUAUACAAUAAAAUUGAAUGGAGAAAUAGUUUUUAUAGUAGAAAAUGUUCAGCCGGAGUCCUAUGAAAAUGUUUAUGUUUAUGCUUCAGAUCAAUCAUACCAAUCUCAAGAUGGUUUUAUAAAAGAUUUUGCAAUAAUAAAUGGAAAAGCAGAUAAUGCGAUUCUGCCAAAUACUCUGAUUCUCCCAAAAGAUUCUGUUAUAUUGGUUAAUGAAGAGAUAUUGCAAAGAGAUAAUCUGAUAGCAACAUUACCAUUCCUCGAAAAAGCAUAUUUAGUGUCGUUCAAAAUAAAACCCACUUUUUAUUCACCAGGAUACAAAAACAUUAUUCAUUUGACUACUGGAGGAGAUGAGGGUGAAUUUGGAUUUAGAACUCCUAGCAUUUAUUUUGAUGACACAGGAAAGCUAGCUAUUUGGUCUUCAAUAAAUUGGAAUCCUAGUAUGGGAUAUAUCACAGCUGCAGCACUACCUUUAAACCAAUGGUCCAGCAUUAGAAUAACUCAGGAACAAAUUAACAGUAUAUACUUCUUGAGAGUUUAUGUGGAUGGGAUGUUAAAGAUUGACAUCAGAAACUCAGAUCCACGUUCAUUUAAAAAUGUAAAAGUGUAUAAUGCAGAUCCCUGGUAUGAAACACAACCUGGUAGUAUUAAAGAUCUGAAAAUAUUUAGUGGGAAUAUUGAGCAAAUUAUUGAAGACAGUGAAACAUCCUUAUCUCAAGGAAAUCUGGUUGCAGUUAUUCCAAGAUUAGAAAAGUCUUAUAAAAUUUUCUUUGAUGUAAAACCAAAUUCUUUUCAAAAAGGUUGGCGCAAUGUUAUUCAUUUUACAGUUGGUUCUGAUUCAAGCAAAUAUGGUGAUAGAAUUCCAGGAGUGUGGUUUCAUGAAAGUGGUGAUGGUAGUCUUUAUAUUGCUUCUCAUAUAAAUGGUGACCUUGAUAGUGGAUUCACAACGAUGCCUGUUCCACUCAAUGAGUGGUCACACUUUGAAAUCAGCCAACAGUUGGUAAGAGAUAAAUUUGUAUACAAAAUAAAAUUGAAUGGAGAUUUCGUAUUUGUAGAAGAAAAUACACAGCCAAAUACCUUUGAUAAUGUUCAAGUUUAUGUGUCGGAUCCAUGGUGCACAGCUCAAAAUGGCUCAAUAAAAGAUUUUAAUAUUGUUAAUGGAUUAUUAGAUGAUCAAACGUCAAGUGUUAAGCUAAUUUUGAAAGAUUUUGUUGAAGUGGCUCAUGAAGUUCUAUUGAAAAAAGAUAAUCUAAUUGCAACAUUGCCAUUCCUCGAAAAAGCAUAUUUAUUGUCAUUCAAAAUAAAACCCACUUUGUAUACACCAGAAUACAAGAGCAUUAUUCAUUUGACUACUGGAGGAGACGCGGGUGAAUUUGGAUAUAGAACUCCUAGUGUACACCUUUCUUAUGACACAGGAAAACUUUCUGUUUGUUCUGCAAUCAGUGGAAAUCCUAAUAGAGAAUUUAUCACACCUGAAGCACUACCCUUGAAUCAAUGGUCCAGCAUUAGAGUAGCUCAAGUUCGAGUUAACAGUAUGUACUUUUUUAGAGUUUAUGUAGAUGGAAAGUUAAAGAUUGACAUCAAUAACACAGAUCCACGUUCAUUUAAAAAUGUUAAAGUGUAUAGUGCAGAUCCUUGGUAUGAAGCGCAACCUGCUAGUAUUAAAGACCUGAGAAUAUUUAGUGGAAAUAAUGAGCAAAUAAUAGAAGACAAAGAAACACUCUUGUCUCAAGGAAAUCUGGUUGCAGUUAUUCCAAGAUUAGAAAAGUCUUAUAGAAUAUUUUUUGAUGUGAAACCAAAUUCAUUUUCACAAGGUUGGCGCAAUGUUAUUCAUUUCACAGUUGGAUCUGAUUCAAGCAAUUAUGGUGAUAGAAUUCCAGGAGUGUGGUUUCAUGAAAGUGGCGAUGGUAGUCUUUAUAUUGCUUCUCAUAUAAAUGGUGACCUUGAUAGUGGAUUUACAACGAUGCCUGUUUCACUUAAUGAGUGGUCACACAUUGAAAUCAGUCAACAAUUGGAAAGAGAUAAGUUUGUAUACAAAAUAAAAUUGAAUGGAGAUUUAGUUUUUGUAGAAGAAAAUACACAGCCAAUUACUUUUGAUAAUGUUCAAGUUUAUGUGUCAGAUCCAUGGUGCACAGUUCAAAAUGGCUCAAUAAAGGAUCUUAAUAUUGUUAAUGGAUUAUUAGAUAAUCAAACGUCCAGUAUUGUGCUAAUUACAAAAGAGCAAAUAAUAGAAGACAAAGAAACACCCUUGUCUCAAGGAAAUCUGGUUGCAGUUAUUCCAAGAUUAGAAAAGUCUUAUAGAAUAUUUUUUGAUGUGAAACCAAAUUUAUUUUCACAAGGUUGGCGCAACGUUAUUCAUUUCACAGUUGGGUCUGAUUCAAGCAAUUAUGGUGAUAGAGUUCCAGGAGUGUGGUUUCAUGAAAGUGGUGAUGGUAGUCUUUAUAUUGCUUCUCAUAUAAAUGGUGACCUUGAUAGUGGAUUCACAACGAUGCCUGUUCCACUUAAUGAGUGGUUGCACAUUGAAAUUAGUCAACAGUUGGAAGAAGAUAAAUUUGCAUAUAAAAUAAAAUUGAAUGGAAAUAUAGUUUUUGUAGAAGAAAAUACACAACCAACUAUCUUUAAUAAUGUUAAAGUUUAUGUGUCGGAUCCAUGGUAUAUAGUUCAAAAUGGCUCAAUAAAAGAUCUUAAAAUUAAUAAUGGAUUAUUUGAUAAUCAAUUGUCAAGUGUUUUACUAAUUUUAAAAGAGCAAAUAAUAGAAGACAAAGAAACACCUUUGUCUCAACGAAACCUGGCUGCAGUUAUUCCAAGAUUAGAAAAGUCUUAUAGAAUAUUUUUUGAUGUGAAACCAAAUUCAUUUUCACAAGGUUGGCGCAAUGUUAUUCAUUUCACAGUUGGAUCUGAUUCAAGCAAUUAUGGUGAUAGAGUUCCAGGAGUGUGGUUUCAUGAAAGUGGUGAUGGUAGUCUUUAUAUUGCUUCUCAUAUAAAUGGUGAUCUUGAUAGUGGAUUCACAACGAUGUCUGUUCCACUUAAUGUGUGGUCACACAUUGAAAUUAGUCAACAGUUGGAAGGAGAUAAAUUUGUAUAUAAAAUAAAAUUGAAUGAAAAUUUUGUUUUUGUAGAAGAAAAUACACAACCAACAACCUUUGAAAAUGUUCAAGUUUAUGUGUCGGAUCCAUGGUGCACAGUUCAAAAUGGCUCAAUAAAAGAUCUUAAAAUUAUUAAUGGAUUAAUAGAUGAUCAAACACCAAGUGUUAUGCUGAUUUUAAAAGAUUUUGUUGAAGUGACUUCUGAAGAAGUAUUAAAAAAAGAUAACUUGAUUGCAACUUUGCCAUUUUUGGAAAAGACAUAUUUAGUUUCUUUCAAAAUAAAACCCACUAUGUAUGUAUCAGAAUACAAAAAUGUUAUUCAUUUGACUACCGAAGGAGACGCCGGUGAAUUUGGAUUUAGAACUCCUAGUGUAUAUUUUUAUUAUAACACAGGAAAGCUCUCUGUUUGGUCUGCAAUCAGUGGAAAUCCUAAUAGAGAGUUUAUCACACUUGAAGCACUAUCCUUGAAUGAAUGGUCCAGUAUUAGAAUAUCUCAAGUUCGAAUUAAUAAAAUAUAUUUGUUUAGAGUUUAUGUAGAUGGAAAGUUAAAUAUAAACAUUGAAAACACAGAUCCACAUUCAUUUAAAAAUGUUAAAGUGUAUAAUGCUGAUCCCUGGUAUAAUGUACAACUUGGUAGUAUUAAAGAUCUGAGAAUUUUCAAUGGAAAUGUUGAGCAACUGAUAGAAGAUAAAGAAACGCCUUUGGUUCAAAACAAACUGGUAGCAUUUGUUCCAAUUUUAGAUAAAGCUUAUAAAAUUUAUUUUGAUGUGAAACCAAACUCAUAUUCUGAAGGUUGGCACAAUGUUAUUCGUUUCAACAUUGGUUCUGAUGCGAAUGCAUUUGAUGAUAGAGUUCCAGGAGUGUGGUUUCAUAACAGUGCUGAUGGCAGUCUUUCUAUCACUGUUCCUCAAAGUGGAAAUCUUAACAGUUUCUUUAAAACAACUCCUAUUCCUCCUAACAUGUGGUCACACAUUGAAAUAAGUCAACAGUUAGAAUACAUUGCGUAUGUAUAUACAAUAAAGUUGAAUGGAGAAAAAGUUUUUGUAGUAGAAAAUGUUCAGCCAGAGUCCUAUGAAAAUGUUUAUGUUUAUGCUUCAGAUCAAUCAUAUCAAGCUCAAGAUGGUUUCAUAAAAGAUUUUGCAAUUAUAAAUGGAAGAGCAGAUAACGUUUCUUUGACAAAUGUUGAGCUUGUUACAAAAGAUUUUGUUUUUUCUACUGAAGAGGUAUUGAAGGUGGAUAAUUUUCUUGGAAUAUUGCCAAUACUGGGAGAAACAUAUUCUAUUUCUUUCAAGAUAAAGCCCACUUCAUAUUUGGUGGAAUGGAGAAGUGUUAUUCAUUUGACUGUUGGUGGACCUGAGAGUAGGAUUCCUGCUAUGUAUUUUUAUGAUGACACAGGAAUGCAUGUUUGGUCUGGAAGUAGUGUUUAUAUUAAAACACCCAAGUUACCGCUCAAUACGUGGUCAGAUAUUAAAAUAUCUCAUGAAAAAGUCGAUGGAAUUUAUUCAUUUAGGAUGUAUAUAAAUGGAACAAACACUAAUAAUGUCUUAAAUAUAGUUUCAAAAUCGUUUCAAAAUGUCAAGGUAUAUGCUUCAAAUCCAUGGUAUGGUCAACAGUUUGGUUCCAUUAAAGGUCUGAGAAUUGUAAAUGGAAAUUGAUAAUUAAGCUCUAAAGUAAUAUUUGUAAAUAAGGUUUGAAGUUGCGCAAUCGCAACUAGUAGCAUUUUUUCCUUAUUGUUUGGCUUUACAUUCAUUUUUAUAUUUUACAACUUAAGCGUUAUGUUUAGACGAAAAACUAGUUCCUUAAACUUCACGUUUUGAAGUUAUUUUAACUGUACUGAUACUGUAUUACAAGUAUCAAAAAUAUAAAGAUAUAAAAACUUGCUUAACCGAUUGUUGUUUUGUUAUUUUUAUGUAUUUUAAAAUGACAUUUAUGUUAUAUGAAUAUAAUAAGUCAACUAUA